AUGGAGCUGGCCCGCGUGGUCACCUUGUUCUCCCUCCUGCCAGUCCUCCAGGGAAGCCCCUCGGCUCUCCCAUCCAACCUGACCAAUGCCAGAGCGACCGGCCUGGACUCAGUUUGUGGGCGCCCACUCGUGCCAGGCCGAAUCAUGUCCGGGCAGGAUGCCCGGCCGGGCCGGUGGCCAUGGCAGGUCAGCCUCAGGGAGUACGGACAGCACGUGUGUGGGGGCUCCUUGAUCACCAACGACUGGGUGCUGACUGCUGCCCACUGCUUUGACCGGAACCAACCCCUGCAAGCCUACGCGGUGAUGCUGGGCACCAUCUCCUCCUACCCCCCGGCCAGCCAGUCCCCGCACUACCGCGCGGUGGCCCAGUUCGUCCCCCACCCGAGCUACAGGGGCGGGCACGGCAGCGGGGACAUCGCCCUGCUGCAGCUGGCCGCCCCCGUCAACUUCAGCGACCUCAUCCUCCCCGUCUGCCUGCCCAAGCCUGGAGACCCCCUGGGUCACGGCACCUGGUGCUGGGUGACCGGCUGGGGGAACAUCAACUCCAACCAAGCGCUCCUUCCGCCCUUCACUCUUCAGCAGCUGCAGCUGCCCCUCAUCGACACCCAGACCUGUGACGCCUACUACCAUGAGAACUCCAUCACCCCCAGCCAGGAGCCCAUCAUCCUGGCGGACAUGCUGUGCGCUGGCUUCGAGGACGGCCGGAAGGACGCCUGCCAGGGUGACUCCGGAGGCCCCCUGGUCUGUGACGUUGGUGGCGUCUGGACCCAGGCCGGGGUCGUGAGCUGGGGCUCUGACUGUGGCCUCUCCAAGAAGCCAGGUGUCUACACCAACGUCAGUGUCUACACCACGUGGAUUCUCAACACAAUCGGGAGCUCAGCCCCUGACGACAGAAGCUUCUCGCCAGGCCUUUUGAGGACCGUUUCCACCGCCUUGUUGUUGUUUCUGGGACCACUGGGGGGCACUGUGUCCCUGGGGCUUUCCUGA